UAUUAAAAACCGUCGCAUAUGGCAGUAGAUGUUAUUUCAUUAAAGACCUGUCAUCUACGAAAUCGUCUGGAGCAUAAAAAGUACGCGAAUCGUUCGUAACAGAGGGGCGUUUGUCCUCGCCCCUUGGCAUAUGUGAGGAGCGCUAGAUAUGGCGAUGGUCUGAGCCUCUGGAGGCCACAUAUAAAAGAACGUCGCGACGAACAGGCAACGGCUUCAGAGGAAGCCCGAGUGAAAAUCCCACGUCCUAUCUGUGAUCCGCCAUGUCCCAGACUGCUAUGUCAUGCGUGGAGCGGGUGUAUCAUGGUGUUAUUGAAGAUGUCAUCAAUGGUGUCCGUGAACACUUUAUUGAAGAAGGUGUCGAUGAACAAGUUUUAACAGAAUUGAAACAAGCAUGGGAAGCUAAACUUGCGCGUAUGAAUGUACUUGAUCAUACGGAUCAUUCUGCCACUGCAAAUUCUAACCAGCAACAAACUCAACAGCCACAACAACAACAACAACAGCAGCAGCAACAGCAACAGCAGCAGCAACAGCAACAGCAGCAGUCUGCUGCUCAGCAGGCCCAGCCGCCUCCUGCUGGUAAAUUAAACAAUGGUAACUGUAGUCUUCGUUUUUCAAUUUUGUUUAUCAUUUCUGUGCAGGCUAGUCGAGCAGCUGAGAUAAUACAAAGAAAGUUGAAUGUAGCCUUAGAAGAAAGUGGAAUAACUCUUCCUGCACAGCUUCUCCAGUACAAUAACAUAUCAAAUAACCAGGUGGAUGGAGCAUGUGAUGAACCAUUAUGUCCAGCUGCUGAUAAGAAAUUUUCCAAGAAGAGUAACGCAUUAAAAACUACAACACAGUGCCCCACAAAUCGUCCAUCAACAAGUAGUGCGGCUAGUCAGGUGUCAGUUAAUGCUGAUAAAGAUGUUAUGGACCAAAUAAUAUAUGAGAGGUUAAAAGCUACACAGGUGGAUGGUCAGUACGGAACUGGAGAUAGUUCUUCUGAAAUCUCGGAUGAUGAUGAUGAUGAUGAAGAUGAUAAAGAUGCUGAAACUGAAAAAAAUUCUGUAGAUGGAGAUGACGACGAUGAUGAUGCUGAUGGUGUGGAAGAGGAACCCUUGAAUUCAGGAGAUGACGUCAGUGAUGAUGAUGCAUCAGACAUGUUUGACACUGAAAAUGUUGUUGUCUGUCAAUAUGAUAAGAUUACCAGGGUUAGAAACAAGUGGAAGUUCACCUUAAAAGAUGGUAUAAUGAACCUAAGAGGAAAGGACUAUGUCUUCCAGAAGGCCACAGGUGAUGGAGAAUGGUAGAAAACCAGUGUAUAGCUUUUAUUAAAUUGAAUGUAGGUAGGUAGGGUGCCUAUUUUUCCUACCUUGUGCUUUUUCCUUUCAUACAUACACACAUACACAUAUAUACAUAUAAUAUAAUACGUGAAAUGUAUGUAGAUUAAAACUAUACUUUUUCAUCAUCCACAGUGUAGCUGGCGAAUGAAGGUGUAAAAAGAAAAAGUUAUAAAGUUACUUUUAUAUAGGUGCAUAACCAUUGAAUUUUGCAGUGUAGUGUGUUGGUUAUUUCAUGUUAUCAGAAUAUAUUCUGUAAUUUAUGAAUACAUUUAAAGUACUGUAAUGCUGUAUAACAUAUGGGAAUAUAUUGCCUUGUUAUAUGCAAACGUUUUUCACUGAAUUGAAAUAUUUGUCUUCAAACAUUCACGAACCACUUGUCUUAUAGUUUUUUUUUUUUUUUUUUUUUUUUUUUUUUUUUUUUUUUUUUUUUUUUUUUUCCUGUCAGAUGCUCUGUUGUACAUUACAUCUUAUUUUCAAUGAACUCAGUAAAGCUUCCUGCAUAUCACAAGUGGUAUGUCAGUUAUUUUUUCCAUGAAAGCAAAUAUAAGUUUUUAUGAUGAAACUGCUGUUUUCAUGUUAAAAGAAAUUUAUUGUUAUAUGUGUGUUUUUAUACAAGUUCUCAACAGAUUUGCAAAAUAUGUAAGUAGUAUUUAAGGAACAAUUGGUCCUUGGAGAUGAGGGUAACAUGCUGGUGAAUGUAAGCAAAUCUGAUAAAAUCCUCAGACAUGGUUGAGAGGAAACCAUAUGAAGGGCAGAGUUGAUAUUUUUAAUGAAAUCAAACUGAUCUUUUCAAGUUUAGGAAGAUUCCCUAACUGGGUUAUAGUUUAAUUUUACAAUUGGAAGUGUUACUUUUCUAGUCUGAAAGAAAAUAAUUGACACUUCUUCAUUGCCUUCCAUACAUGCAGAAAGUUUGUAGCUGUAAAGAUACUUCACUAGUGUAUUUGACAUUCAUAUUAUUUGCAGAUAGAAUAGGCUAGUACCUGCAAGAUAUUUACAUGUAGUAUGUAAAAUGAAAUUUCUUAUUUUUAAAUAUAGUAUGUUUUACUUUAACAAAUUAUAAAAUCCUUUAAAGUAUUGUAAAGACAAAUUUUUUAUUUAGUAAAUCUUUAUUGAUGUUU